CAAUCGUAUUAUUCUAAAGUAAAUAAUUAUUCGUGAUAGCGUGAGUAUUUCAGUCAGUCGUGGCGAGGCGAGAAAGGAGUGGAGGAAGAGAGAGAUUGAGAGCGGUUCGAGAUCUGAUCUAAUCGGAGACCUUCUUCUUCAUCUUCACCGUUGAACCCAGAAAAGAUGUCGUCAGCCUUCAGCGGCGAUGAAACAGCACCCUUCUUCGGCUUCCUCGGCGCCGCUGCAGCUCUCGUCUUCUCAUGUAUGGGAGCUGCUUAUGGAACGGCGAAGAGCGGGGUGGGAGUUGCGUCUAUGGGAGUAAUGAGGCCUGAACUGGUGAUGAAGUCAAUUGUUCCAGUGGUUAUGGCUGGAGUUUUGGGUAUUUAUGGUCUUAUUAUUGCUGUGAUUAUUAGUACAGGGAUUAACCCUAAGGCCAAAUCUUAUUACCUCUUCGAUGGCUACGCACAUCUCUCCUCUGGGCUUGCUUGUGGUCUUGCUGGUCUGUCCGCUGGCAUGGCUAUCGGGAUCGUCGGUGAUGCUGGUGUUAGAGCCAAUGCCCAGCAGCCUAAGCUUUUCGUUGGGAUGAUUCUUAUUUUAAUUUUUGCCGAAGCUCUGGCACUCUAUGGACUUAUUGUGGGCAUUAUUCUCUCUUCCCGAGCUGGUCAGUCAAGAGCCGAUUAAGUGGAUGCUGUAUGUGGACUCGAGGUUGUGUAGUAUGUCUCUUCUUUUGUUUUUUGGUCAAGAAUUGGUUUUUGUACUCUUUGAGUAAAUGGGUUAUUAUUAUGGUUUAAGCCGACUCUCAAAUGUUCUUGUGAGGUGUGAUUGCUAAUACCACACGAAUUCUGUAGUUGUUAUAUAUGGAUUUGGAAUUAAUUAUUCUUCUCAAUAAAAUAUUAAACUCUGUUACAUUACUCCAAUUUUAA